AUGCAAAUCAAGGUGUGUCAGAUCAUGGAGGAAAUCAAUAGCAGUAAGCUCUCCACCGGCACGGUAUCCCUGGCUUUUGCUGACGGUCCAAGGUGUCUAUGGGCCGGAUGGGCGCCUGAAUCGGAAUUUCCUCUUGAGAACCAAGAGCGCUCUCGCCAGCGCCGCCGAGUUGGUCACCGAGCUUCGCAAAUGCUACGACUUGCGGCUGGACGAGUCCUCGAUCAGCGGCGUGUCCCGACUAUCGGCGCACUUGCAUCUACUCUACCAUCAGGUCUGACCGCUGCCUUCUUUGUCAAUUGCCUGCAUAUUCCUGACCGUCUGCAGUGCAUCGUGUUGGCCACCCGACCGGUAUUAUUCUGCUUUCUGAAGAUGCGAAUCCAAACCGCCGACAGUUCGCUCGAAUCUCUAAACUCGUCGGCCAACGUGCGCAAGCUGCUGCAGGUCUGCAUCGACUCGGCACAGCAAAUCCUGAACAUCCUUAUCGUCCUCCAGCGACAGAAUCUCCUCGGUACGGACCUCGCGGACUCCGGUAUAGACACCGCUGACCGUCUUCUAGACAGUUUCCUCCCGUUUGACCUCGAAGCCACCUAUACCGCCGCCGUAGUCCUUGUCACCGCCCCCGCAGCCGACGCGUCCCUCCUCGACGACUGGACUCCGUGGUUCCACACCAGCGUCACGGUGUUGGAUGAAAUGAUCUCGCGCGGGAAUCUGAUCGCCGGGUUUCGCAAGUCGGAAUUACAGCAACUCGCCGGAAUGUUGAGCCAUCUGGCAGACGAUGGGGUCAUUCACGGUACCGACUUGGCCAGGAAGGGGCAGCUGGACCGUAUCAUCUCCCGCCUCCCUUCGCCAUCCACCCCAGAUCGCGUGUUUGGAAUAUCGGAAAUCCCCAAUCUGCAUCCGGGGCUGACGACGGCGGAGAUCAUGGCUGUGGCGGAGUCGAUCGAUACGGGGGAUGUGGAUUGGAUUGCGCAUGCGGUCACGGAGAAUCACAUCUGGUAG